AUGUCUUCAGCUAGAAAACAGAUGAAGAAAAAACACGUGGAGAAGAAGUCUGACAAAGUAACGUUACUUGAUUUCACAGAAGAUGAUGGAGUUAAGAAAGUGUUUAGUGGUUCAGAAGAUGAGUCCACAGCAGCUAGCUAACCUACUUUUUCUCUUUAAAAUGAAACUCCAGUCGUGGACAAAAAACGACCUGCUGAUUUUGAUGAAGAGGAGCCCAGUGCGAUGGGAAAUGAAGUCAUGUCCAUGAUUGAGAAAUUUGGGGCUGAUAUCAGUAAGUCAGUGCAGGCCAAGAAGAAACGCCUAGAGGCUUUGACCAAAAACUACAUGAAGGGAAGUCAACAGAAACUGGAGCAGCUCUGGAGCAACUACCAUUCUGAACGACAGAAGAUGAUGGCACAAUACUCGCAACAAUUCUCAGCGGCGCUGCAGCAGUGGGAGGCUGAGGCGCAGAGAGCUGAGGAGCAGAAGGAGAAGCUCAAUAAUCUGGUCCGGCAGCAGCAGAAAGUUUUACAACAGAGCAGAGUCGUACAAAACCAGAAUUUGAAGACAAUCAGAGAGUUAUAUGAGCAAUUUAUGAAGAACAUGGGAGAGAUGGAGAAGAGCCAUGAGACAUUCCUACAGGGGGCGCAACAGGAGCUGAGGAAGGAAAUGGCCACACUGCAAAAGAAGAUCCUUAUGGACACACAGCAACAGGAGAUGGCCACUGUUCGCAAGUCCCUUCAGUCCAUGCUGUUUUAACUUGAAUCUUCUUAUAAUGUCUUGUUGGUGUUGUAGAAAAGCCAA